UCGGAAGAAUUUCUAAGAAAGAAGCAGAGAAUGUGGAGCAGUAAUUUCGUCAAACAUCUGUCGUGCACUCUAACCUCUUGCAACUUCCACAAACUCUCAUCGUUCCCUCGCUUCGUCUUUUUCUUUACAAAAGCUCCCAAACAACCGACAGAGUUAACCAAACCCACUUCCGCUUGGUUUUCUCCAAAUAUCUCUGCUUCUCUAUCUUCCUUAGCCUCUUCGGAAACUUCCCAAACCAAUUCCUAUGUUUCUCCUUAUCUCUCAGUCGACAUUCGCUGUCACAAAGAUGUCGUGGAUAUGCUUUCAGAAGCUCUUUUAUGCUUUGGCGCAAAUUCUACAAGUAUUGAUGAAAAAGAUACAGAUGAAAGUUCUGAUGAGAUUUGUAUCAAUUCCAUAUUUCCUGAAGGUCACGACAUAAACUCGUGCAUUUCACAUGCUGCUGAUUCCAUAGGCUUGAAGGAACUACCUAGAUAUGAAGUUAGGGUGGGUGAGCAAUAUGAUUGGAUAAAGAAAACCCAGGUUGAAUCAUUUAAUCCAGUCAAAGUUGCAGAAGGACUUUGGAUUGUGCCCGAGUGGAAAACUCCCCUGGAUCUUCAAGCGACAAACAUAAUACUGAAUCCGGGACUAGCAUUUGGAACUGGGGAGCACGCCACCACUAAGUUGUGUCUCUUGCUGCUGCACGGUUUGAUCAAGGGAGGAGAACACUUCUUGGACUAUGGCACGGGUUCUGGAAUUCUUGCAAUUGCAGCAUUAAAGUUUGGUGCUGCCUUAUCAGUUGGAACUGAUAUAGAUCCCCAAGCUAUUGCAUGUGCUCGCGAGAAUGCUGCUCUGAACGACAUAGGACCCGAGAAAAUGCACCUACAGCUUAUUCCCGAAACAACCAGCCCCGGAUUGAGGAAUUUAUGUGGAAUUCCAGAAACAGAGAACUUGAUUGAAGUGGUGCCAGAGACAGAGAAAUUUGACGUCGUAGUUGCAAAUAUACUAUUGAAUCCUCUAUUGGAUUUGGCAGGGAACAUUGUCUCUUAUGCCAAGCCUGGAGCUGUCGUUGGUGUCUCUGGUAUUCUGUCUGAGCAGGUUCCAUAUAUUAUGGAGCGAUAUUCACAGUUCUUGGAAGGCAUAUCAGUAUCAGAGAUGGAUGAUUGGGCCUGUGUAUGUGGCACAAAGAAAAGAAAUGUUUCUGCUGCAAACUGAGAAAUGAAACCUUCUUUGUUAAACCAAUUUCCAAGCACAUGCUCUGUUAUUGUUAAGUUAUUUUCAACUAGUUGUGCCUUGUGCCAGUGAAUUCCAAUUAGCCUACUUGGGACAUGACCAUUUCCCAUAAUUGCGCCUUUCAUUCAACCAUUACAUAGUGAACCGUCUUCUGUUUUCUCUCUCGCUUUCACUUUGGUUCUUUUCCGCCCUCCUAGGAAGCUGCAUCGUUAACCUUUCAUGUAUGUUUACUCUUAUCCCGCAGGAGUGGCUCCAGCACGUCGGAAAGCUUGAGGAUUUUGCGCAGAAUGCUCAAAAAACAGCAAGAUACAGUCCAAUCGUAAUAAAAGAAGUCUGCAAAUUUUGUAAAGAACGAAGAACGAAACAUUAUUUAAGCCUGGUUUCUAAUAUGAUAUUCAUACCUUCUGAAUGGUAUUUUACCUUAUUUUUUGACCA